CGGAAGUGCUCGGUCAGACAGCAGCGCGGGAAAAGCGCUGUUUGGAUGAAAGCGGGAAGUGACACUCGGAUCUGUGCGGAGCAUUUGUUACAGUUAUUCCAACCUAAAUUGUCCAGUCCAACAGUUUCAGGAUGAAGGUGGUAACUUGUGAGAUCGCCUGGCAUAAUAAGGAGCCAGUAUACAGUAUGGAUUUCCAGCAGAAGGGGGAGGGAAGGAUACAGCGCCUGGCUACAGCCGGAGUAGACACCACUGUUCGGAUGUGGCGUGUGGAUAGAGGCCCUGAUGGGAAGGCUGUCGUUGAAUUUUUGUCUAACUUGGCACGACAUACUAAAGCAGUGAAUGUGGUGCGUUUUUCACCGGCUGCUGAACUCUUGGCUUCUGGAGGGGAUGAUGCAGCUAUCCUGCUUUGGAAACUAAAUGACAGUAAGGAACCCGAACCGACCCCAACCUUCCAGGAAGAAGAAGAUUCUCAACUCAAUAAAGAGAGUUGGAGUGUGGUGAAGACUUUAAGGGGACACAUUGAGGAUGUGUAUGAUAUAUCGUGGACCAGCGAUGGAAAUUAUAUGGUUUCUGGCUCUGUUGACAAUACUGCCAUCAUGUGGGACAUCAACAAAGGUCAAAAGAUGUGCAUCUUUAAUGAUCAUAAGAGUUAUGUGCAGGGAGUGUCAUGGGACCCUCUUGGACAGUACAUUGGCACCCUGAGCUGUGACAGGGUUAUGCGUGUGUACAGUGCUCACACCAGGAAGAAAGCUUGCAGCGUGAGUAAGAUGACAUCAGCUGGUACUGCAGAUGGAGAGGUUAAGAACUACAAAAUGUUCCAUGAUGACAGCAUGAGAUCAUUCUUCAGACGUCUCACCUUCACACCAGAUGGGUCAUUCCUCCUUGCACCAGCUGGGUGUGUUGAAGCUGGAGAGAAUGUCACAAACACCACAUACGUGUUUUCCAGGAAAAGCUUUAAAAGGCCCAUAGCUCAUCUGCCCUGUCCAUCUAAAGCAACUCUGGCUGUGCGCUGCUGCCAAGUUUUUUUUGAGCUCAGGACCAAAAGAGAUGAAGAUGGUUCACUGAAGCCUGUGUCAAACACAUUCAAUUUACCAUAUCGGCUAGUGUUUGCAGUUGCGUCAGAAGACUCCAUCUUCUUUUAUGACACACAACAGAUGCUACCAUUCGGAUACGUGUCUAAUAUCCACUACCACACACUCAGUGAUCUCAGCUGGUCUCGAGAUGGCUCCUUCUUGGCUGUGUCCUCCACAGAUGGCUACUGUUCCUUCGUGUCUUUUGAGGAAGGAGAGCUCGGAACCCCAUUAAAGGAACCGCCUCAGUUGGAGAUGGUUACCCCAUCCUCCACCAAUGAAAAGAAAGGCAAGAGACUUUCAGCCAAUGGCAGGACCGCUUCUCCAGUGCCUCGCCCUACCAACACACCAACUGCACAGGAAAAGACCAAAGAGGUGUCUGCUGGGCCUUCCGUCUCUAAGACCACCAGCAUACCUGGUCCAGAAGAAAAACGCACACCAAAAGCGCUAAAAAACAAACCUCAGCCCAGACGGAUUACACUCAGCACCCUGGAGGGGUGGGGCAAGCCCAGCACCCCCAAAUCACCAGCAACUACCUCUAAUACAGCCCCCAGCACCCCUAAAUCCGCUCCCUCUACACCUGCCUCCAGCAAAGGACCCCUUACACCCCAUACAACCCCUAGUACUCCUCUCGGGCCCCUUAACUGUAAAGGUGGCACUACUCCAAAGGGACCCACGCCCAGACGAAUUUCACUGACUCCAGUUGUAUCCAGGUCCCCCUCUGGGGGAUUUGUCACUCCAUCUUCUACUGAGAAAGCCAAACAUGAAAGACCAUCUCCACCCAACGAUCCAUCUUGCAAACCACCAGAAUCUAAAAGGUCUAAGACUGAUGAUCCAAAUGGCUCUGGCCAGGGCAGUGAGCAAAGUGUGAGCACAGAACAAAGUGUCAACAAAGUGUAGAAGAGUGUAUCUGUUUUUAAGAAGAAAAAAAUAUUCUCCUAAACUUCGGUUAUUAAAAUUAAUUUGUUUGAAUUUAUGGACAUUUUUAGUAUUGAACUGUCUGUUUACAUUUUGUCUGGAAAAGGUGUCAAGAAUGUUUAGAAGUAUUUUGAGUACUAAACACUUUUGAAAACUC